GUCUCCCGGUAAAGUCUCCUCCGGACUGACCCGAUGCGCGUUGCUUGUCGGAAGUACCGGUUCCGGCGCGUUCCGUGUGCUCUCGGGAAACGUACUGACCAGCGCGUGGAGCAGAAUGGGGAGCAGCAAUAAUGCCACAGCCCAGAGUGAUGCUGGUGGUGACGGGAGAUGAUUUUGGCUACUGCUCCAAGAGGAACCAGGGGAUCGUGGACUGCUUCCAGGCUGGAGGCAUUUCCAAUGUGUCGUUGCUGGUUAACGCCUGUGCUGCCAAAGAAGCAGCGGAUCUGGCAAAAAGGCACAGCAUUCCCAUCGGCCUCCACGCCAACUUGUCCGAGGGCGUUCCGGUGUGUCAGCAGGCCUCCACACUGACCAACCAGCAUGGCUUGUUCCGUGGGAAGAUGGGCUUCCGUCAGGCCCUGGAGAGGGGUCAGCUGAGCAUGAAGCAGGUGGAGCUCGAGUUGAGGGCCCAAGUCGGGCUCUUCAGGGAACUGACUGGUCACCUUCCCCUCCACAUGGACGGACACCAACACGUCCACGUGCUGCCAGAGGUGCGUGAGGUGUUUGCAGAGGUCCUGGCGGACCUCAAGAUUCCUUACACCCGUGUUCCAGUGGAGCCGGGUCUACACAGCUGCACCGCGCUGCCGCCACACCUCCAAAGGUUCUACGCACAGGUGGAGAAAGACGCCCUGGACUCCAUCCCUGUCUUUUCCCGCUACGGAAUCAGGUGGCCAGACGUGUACCUGGGGCUGACCACCAUGGGCCAGAACAUGUCCGUAUCCAACCUGGAGAGGGCCCUUGGCCAAGCCUUGGAGGCCGGACCCUCUCCCACCCUCGCCUCCAGCGAUGCUUCAGACUCCAACCGGCCCGCGGUGACGGCGGAGCUCAUGGUCCACCCGGGCUACCCGAGUCAGCCCCUGGACGGAGGCUGCGGGGAGGGCCCUGAUGACUUCUCCUGCUCGGCAGACAGACAGCACGAGCUGAGCGUGCUCAGAGACCCGGCCCUCCAGGCCCUGUACCACCGGGAGGGGGUGCAGCUCUGCUCCUUCAAAGACCUGACUCCUUCUGACUGACAUGUACUUAAAUCUGCCCCUAAUCACGAGUAUGCAAAACAACAAAAGGAAUGGUGACAAUUGAUGACAAAAUGAUGUAGUACUGUUUCAAUUACGACCACGGCACCAUGUAUGCAGUGGUGAGUGUGCGUUUGUGCACUCUCGCACAACGAUGGUACCAUCAACCUCAUCAUUUUCAUGCUUGAGGACCGCUUGCAGUGGCAGUGAUUGGCAGGUACUGUCACUCUUUCCCGUCCAGUAGGUGACCAAUGACUUCUUCAGGUUGCACCCUUUCAAAUAAGCCAUUAAGAGCGGGGCUCGGUAAGAAAAUGACAAGCGCAACUGAGCUCGUCUUCUCGUGUCGGCCGGGCGGUUGUUGAUUCUUGUCUUUUCUGUUUUUGCUGUUAAAGGUCCGGCGUGUAAAGCCAGCAUACUCCGUGACGGUUAGCAGCCGGUAGGCCUUAGAGCUAACAUUACGGCAGACGUUCUACAGAUCUGCACUUUACUGAGGUCACUUUUUCUAGUUCCUGUCACGUUUUCUGCGGUUUAUAAUGAACCUCACAACCAACUGCUACAAGAAUGGACUCGACUCUCUGUUUAACCGGCAUCUAAUCUGUUUUUUUUUUUAUUUUAGAGAAAACACAGGUUUGACCUGUCACGUCAGGGUCAGAGAGCUGUGGUUGUUUUUAAUGGAAACUAAUAAAUUAUUAACUUAAGUUGAUAAUGCUAUGUAAUAUUAAGAAUGGCAAAUGUGAUCUAAGGUCGUUAGAGGAAGUGUGUUCUUUCUGACAAACGCGGUGCUAAUGAUGGAUUAGUGUGCUGCGCUCUCCGACACUCCCUUCACAGCACUUACGUCACCAUUGGGUUGUAAAUGGGACGUGUGUAACUUCACCUACUUCCUGCUUGCACUUUGACUUCCCGUUAGUCACUGAAAUCCUGUUCACCUGGUUUUCCCAUGCUAGAAGGAAUGUAAGCAAGAAGUUGGGUGAGCUCACUUUGAGGUCAGUUUUAUCUGAUCCAGAGUUUUUAAGAAUAUUUCAGUGACGUUCUUACGUGUGCAAUAUAGGAUCAGAGUAAAAGAAUGGAGUUCUAGGGGGACCAGCUUAA